AACGGCAUUGACCGAGGUCGUCUCUUCAUAUCUGAAAACUCUGCUGAGCAAGUGAAGCCGAGAACGUCAUCAUCAGAGCUCUUAGUGCCCAACGCUAAGCUUAAAGCCACUUCCUGACGUCUUGCUUUGAGGAAACUUCUGGAACCUUCUGCAUACCACGGAACCUGCAGUGUGGGAGGGAACGAGUGCAACGACCGCCCAGAGUAACGUAAGAGUUGCUAAACCUGCCUGAAGGUUUCAUUUACUGAACAAACGGCAUUGAGCGAAGUCGUCUCUUCAUACCUGAAAACUCUGCUGAGCAAGUGAAGCCGAGACCGUCAUCAUCAGAGCUCUUAGUACUCAAUGCUAAGUUUAAAGCCACUUCCUGAAUUAUUGCUUUGAGGAAGCUUCUGGAAACUUCCGGAUACCACGAUCACUCACCUUCCCUCAGAUACCACAGAUGCCACAAGAGAGCAAACCUGUAGCAAGAUGGCCGCUACUGAACUACUAAACCAGUGAAAUGGAAAACCACAGAAGUUAACUCUCCUGCACCCUUAUGUGUAGGCUGUUUUAUUUAUUUAUUGUUUUCCUUGGGCACCUGGUUCCACUGGACAAAUUUCUGUACGACGAUCUUCACUUGAUGACUCCGUAGAGCCGUUCUGCUUGGUGGGAUGUGAUCGUUGCAAGUGGAUUCUCCAGAUUGUUGGAUGCUGUUUCUGCUGGAUGUCCCACUGCUCCCAGGGAGCGGUAAGAACAAAUCUAAGAGCCCCAACAUUGUAAUUUCACUUUUUCCUGAGCUCAGACAUUUUUUAAUUUUUUUUUUAAAAGUAAGUAAAGAUCAAGAACAUAUUUUUAUUUUAACAUGGAAGCCAUUGAUGAGACGACAUAAGCAAAUGCUGUUGUCUUAUUGGUUCAGUUUAUGGACAAUAUAGAACAAAAGCUAAAAGUACUGAUACAUUUUUUCUUAUAUGUGAUGACUAUUUUUUGUGUUUUUUCUUACAUGUUUAAAUAAAUCUGUUUUUGUCAAAAGUGAGUGUGGUGUUCAAUGUAGGCUGGAAAUGUAAAUGUCAACCAGAACAUCCUAUUAAACCAACUGGAAAUUAGGUGGGAAUCUGAAUUGGAUUGACUCCUGAUCUGACGUGUCUACAAACACUUCUGAUAUAUGAUAUUAAAAACAAACAAACAAACAAACAAAAAACAAACAAACAAACAAAAAAAACAUGUCUAUGUUUACCAUUCCAUUAUUGGAUGUUUUACGGAGUAUGUAUGUGCACAGUGAUGUAACAUCUGUUUUUUUUUUUUUUUUAAACAUUAGUUUUUUAUUGAACAUGGUGGUACUUAUGCUUAUAGUAUUAGCUGGUAAUGUGAGCACUAAUAAGCCUGCAAAGUCAUCUUCAUGUGUAGGUUUUAUUUUGUUUAUACUUUGACUUCCUGCUACUGUAUGACAUUGUGGGGAUUUUUGUUUUUGUGUUGUUUUUUCCAUUCACAUUAUUACAUUCUUUACGUCUUUUGGAUGCAAGAUGUUAAAAAGAUGGAAGCAAUGUAGUUUUUUUUUAUAUAUGCAGAUGUAAAAAGACUAAAUAAAUGUGUGAAGGUGAUACUGUACCUGAGCCCAUGUCCUCCAUUCAAAGAAGGAUUUUACACAUUGAUAGCUUCCUUGACAUCUGUCUCGCACCAUCUGUCUUCUCUCUUGAAGAUGUGGACAUAACGCUCCUCUUUAAAGUGUAUUUGAGAUGCAGUUGGACCUCUGAAUCUUAACCUUAAACCUGCAGACUUGCUCACCUGUGAUGUGCCAUGUGUUUAUCAAGGUACCACUCAGCUUGUGUUUGGGUGUUUUGUCCUUUGGUGAACCAGCUUCUGUUUGAGGGUGAUCUUUGGUCUUGUAAACGUGAUUCUUUUAUUGGAAGCCCAAGAGCAGAAAGACCUAAGAGGAUCUUUUUAACCUCAGUAGAAAUUUAUUCUAACUCCAGGUAACAGAUAAAGCAAUACAUCCUGAUGGACUGCAUGGAGACAGAAAUUAUGCAAGACACAGCCAUGGCAAGUCCACGAGAGCAAGAUUUCUGUAAAACUCCUGUGACAAUGCAGAAUAAAACAUGUCCUCACAACAAGACAAACAUGGAGACCAUCGUGGAGGAUCUGGGGUUGGAGCAGUACUACAAGGAUAAGCUGCCACUCAGCAAGAUACUUGAGAUUGAUGCGAAGGCCAUCAGCGAUGAUCUGCUCAAGUGUAAAUCUGACCUUCCUUGGUAUUUUCUAAAGAAACUGACGAUGGUUAAUGUGACAGCUAGAAAUGUAAAAUGCACAUCAGACUGUGACUUGUACCGUGACCAAGCAUCAGAGACUACAGAGUUAGAUUUAGAUGAUCUGUUUAACAACGUGGAAACUGGUGAGAGUAUAAACCCUCUUGACUUAAUCACAGCUCUCUUUCUCUGUUCUGAUGGUUUUGUACAACAAGAAAUGGCACUAAAAAUGUCAAUGUGCCAGUUCUCUGUGCCUCUGCUGCUUCCCAACUGUGACACAACACAGUGCACACUCAUGCUGUGGGCAAUGAGAGAUAUUGUUAAAAAGUACAGACCUCAACAUCUUUUACAAUCCAAAGGCUUCAUAGAGGAAAGAAUUGUUCAUUCUCAACUUCCAAUGGUCUCUUUCGUGAGACUGGGUGACUGCUCCAUGUCCAAGUCAGAGAUCCUCAAUAAGCUUCUGAGCAGUUCUCAGCAGUACCAUGACACCUUUGUCCAUCGCAACAUGGAGUGUGGAGACAGUCCAAGAAAGAUAUCCAAUGGACUGACUGAAAUUACCUGGUACCUUCCUUGUGGAAACAAGAACAUGGACAUUUUUGUCAACCCAGUCGCUGUAGCCAACCUUCAUGGGGACAUUACUUCAUUUGAAACACAGUUCUCCUUUCUGUGUCAGACAUCGGAGGCAGUUUUUGUGUUCUUUGAUCAUUUGGAUGAUAAGUGUAAGCUGCUAAUAAAUACAAACUACAAAGCAAAGAUCUUUUUGGUAGGCAGCCCCUUGAGCAAGAGCGAAAAGACUUUAAAGGCUAUAAAAACUCUAGCGCCCAGCUUGGGCUUGACUAAAACCAACAUCAUUCUAAGAACCAAGGAGAAAAAUGAUGCAGACUUUGUUCAAGAUUUGAAGAAAACAGUCAGUGAUGUAGUUGAGAAGUCAAAGAUGAAGAUGUCUGUAGAGCAGAUGGUUGGCAUUGCCCAUGAACUGGGAAUAUUGGUUGAUGAAGACUCUCCAGAGUGCCAGGCUGGAAAGCAAAAAGCAGAUGCCAUCACCAGAGAGAUUCAAGACAUCCACAAAUACAAAGAAAAUCAGCUUCCAUUGCAAGGAAGAAUCUGGAAGGAACUGACUUGCUUAGAGAAAGAAGAAUUUCGACUUCGAAAAGCUGGGUCUGAAAACAUAGAGCAGUACAAGAGUGAGCUUCAGAGAAAGAAAAAAGAAAUGAGGAAAAAGCAGAACUCUUAUGACAUGUCAAAAGCUAUGACUUGCUUCAUCGAUGCCAUAUCCAGCCCAGGAACAGAGAGGUGUUAUUUCCUGAAAUGGAUGCGAAUGAACCUCGAUAACGUGUCUCGUACGAAACUGUCUGGACUCAGGGAGUUGUACAAAGAAAAAUGCAACACUUCUGUGAACAAAGAUGAGAUCAAAGAAAUUGACAUCCAACUUUCUAACAGCUCUUUGGGGGCUGAACACUUCUUCCGUGAAAUGGGUCAGCUCUAUGAAGCUUCGGUUUCCCUCCCAGAAAGAGACCUAUCACGAAAACAGUUGCAGCAUCUGCCUGAGCUGUGUGCACAGAUGUUGCUUGAUGGUUUUCCUCUUGAGCUUGUAGACGGAGAUGCCUCCAACAUACCUCUUAGAUGGGUGAGUGAUGUUCUCACUAAGCUCAAUGACUUGGCGUCUCCAAAGAACAAGAUAAUAGUAGUCACGGUGCUUGGAGUUCAGAGCACAGGAAAGUCCACCCUCCUUAACACCAUGUUUGGAGUUCAGUUUGCAGUCAGCAGUGGUCGAUGCACUCGAGGUGCCUUCAUGCUGCUCAUCAAAGUCAAUGAAGACGUUAAAAAAGUCUUCAACUGUGACUUUAUGGUAAUCCUGGACACUGAGGGCUUGAAGUCCCCAGAGCUUGCACAGCUGGACAACAGCUAUGAACAUGACAAUGAGCUUGCAACACUUGUUGUGGGGCUGAGCGAUCUCACCAUUAUUAAUAUCGCAAUGGAGAAUUCAACAGAAAUGAAGGACAUCCUGCAGAUAGUGGUACAUGCUUUCCUCAGGAUGAAGGAGGUGGGCAAAAAGCCUAGAUGUCAGUUUGUUCACCAGAAUGUUUCAGACGUUUCAGCCCACGAUAAGAACCUGCGAGACAGGAAACUGCUCUUGCAACAGUUGAAUGAGAUGACUCAGGCAGCAGCCAGAAUGGAAAAGAAAGAGGAGAACAAAAGCUUCACUGAUGUGAUGGUUUACAAUGCUGACACUGGGAACUGCUACGUUCCUGGACUCUGGAAUGGAAACCCACCAAUGGCACCAGUUAAUGCCGGAUACAGCGAGGCUGUCUAUGAGCUGAAGAAAACAAUCAUCCAUCUACUGGGAGAGAAUGAAACAUCGGCUCAAACCAUCUUGGACUUUAGAAAGUGGAUGACCAGUAUGUGGAAUGCAGUGAAACAUGAAAACUUCAUCUUCAGCUUCAGAAACAGCCUUGUAGCUGAAGCGUACAUGAGACUCUGCACAGAGUUCAACAAAUGGGAGCGAGAGUUCAGAAAAGAAAUGUUCACCUGGGUAACCAAAGCAGAAACAAGAAUUUCUAAUUUUGGCCUUGAUGAUGAAUCUGAAAGAACCGACAUAACAGGAUUUCUUACCAUACUGAAAAGUGAAGCCCUGUCAGUGCUGUCUAAAUGGGAGACGAAGCUCCUUGAAAAUCUGAAGGAAUACUUCAAACAAACAGAGGGCCAUGAUCAUCUGGUUGAAGGAUACAGAGAAGAAUUCUCAAACAGCGCAAAGAGCCUUCGGCGAGAAAUGGAAAGGUCUGUAAACAACCAGCUUUUGACAGCAGCUGACAUCAGACGGGGAAUGAAUGAACUUGAUAAGAUCAAGGAAAAUCAAUCUAAAGAAGUAGAAAAAGCAGCGUUUGAGUUAAUUGCUAAAUGUCGACAGAAAAAUGUGCAGAUGACAGAUGCAGAGCUGGACCAAGAAUUUGACAAGAUGUGGAGAGAAAUACUGAAUAAACUGUCUUUCUCUGAACACGAGCCCAAAGAUAUCUACAACAGUGUGUCCUACUCUCUGAGAAAUAAUCUGUCACACAAGGGGAGCCGUGCAUGUGAACUGCUGAAUGAAAAAAAUCUGAAAGCUUGUGGGUCAGGACCCUUCAAAUACACAGCUGAUGGAUGGUUUAACAGAGCCAAACACACAGUGAGCAAGUUGUUUAACAAUGAAGACCAUGUAAAGUGUGUACAGAAAAUGGCUGACAGCAUCAUAUCUGCCUGCAGGCUGUUUGUAGCUGAGAAAAUACAACAGAAAAGCAAUUACCAUGAUACUUACAUCCAGGACAUCCUUCAUAUCAUUGAUGAAAGGCUGCAACAGAACAACGAUGUGACAACAGACAUUGAUUUUGAGGUUUCUCUAAAGCAGCACAUCUGUGGAUUUGCUGCCAGAGACUUUCAGAAAAUACACGAAGACUUCGUACAUGAACACGAUCCCUACAGAUGUCUGAUGAAGGACAAGGAAAAGUUUCGUACAGAUUUCAAAGAUGUGUUCCACAAACGAGACCAGUGCCAGAAGAAGGCUAAAGAAUUCACAGAAAAAUACCUGAAGCCUGCUGUUGAAGCCUAUGUCAACCGUUACCUGGGUAACGACAUCACUGAUGAAAUGUUGACAAAGGAGCAGUUCAGUACACGGAUGUCCUUCCAGUAUACAAUUUUACUGGAUUUGCUUUCCAAGGAUGACUUCAGCAAGUAUUUAUACUACAUUAUAUCAUAUGAGGAUUAUGUGAAAACAUGGAUACUUUGUCAAAUGUUUCAGUAUUUCCCAGAUGCAAAGUCAAAGUUUGAGUUUGGAGACAGACGUCUUAAAACAAUCAUCAGUAACAUCAACAAUGCUAUAAACGAGGCUAAAAGAAGAAACAGCAGCGACCUGCAGAUGUUUGUUAAAGAUAUGUGCAAAGAGCUUCAUGAUAAGCUGGCAAUUUCCCAGGAUGCUCGUAGUGCAUUUAUGAUCCUGAACCAAGCAGACCAGGAACAGUUUGCUCACAUGCUCACACAGUCUGUGAAGGACAUGGAAAACAGUCUUAGGGAGAAUUUUAAAAAGACAACAUUUGAAAUGAUACUGGAGAAUCUCCACGUGAAGCCCCAGGAUGAGAUGUUUAAAAGACUGAUUGGUUGUGGGAAGCAGUGUCCUUUCUGUGGAGCUCCUUGUGAAGCAGGAGGAAACGCCCAUAAUGAACAUUUUGCUUCACUGCAUCGGCAGAGGGGUCUGGGUAAUGGCAGGUAUGAUGGAUCAGAAAAACUUGUUACUGACAUAUGCACCUCAGCUGUGAUCAGUGACGUUCCGUUUUACUGCAAUGAAACUAACAACCAAUGGCAUCCUUACAAGCGUUACAGGGAAAUUUUCCCAGACUGGGACAUCCGUCCAGAUGGGAGCUUCCAGGCAUCAGACUAUUGGAAAUAUGUGUUUACAAAGUACAACGAAAAGUUUGCAGAUGCAUUUCAUGGAAAGCCGGCUGAUAUUCCAAGUUCUUGGAAAGAUAUCACAAUCAAACAAGCAAAGGCAAGCCUUAAAGAAUCAUUUAACAAGAACUGAGAGUUUUCCUGCCUCAGUUCAUGUUGUACUUUCCAUUAAAAACUCCAAAUUCUAGAUUCUCAGUUACAAUUUUAAAUACCAUGACAUCACGAAGGCAUUUAAAACUCCCCUUUACCUACCUGUUAGACCAUACUGUAGGCUGCUUUCUCAGCAACGGUCAGGUCAUAAUCAGUGUGUGCAGUUCAGUGGUCUCUCGCUCAGUCAUUUAAAUAUAACUAAAGGUGUCCCACAAGGUUCAGUUUCAGGUCCCACUAUUUUUAUGAUCCACAUUAAAAUCCCUGAUGCAUCUUUACAUGUUUUAAGCUGACAGUUCUUUAUAGCUGUGCAGCUACGGUUGCCAUGGUGUUUGAACAUCUCCAGUUUGCUUUAGACAUAAUUUAGUCCCAGUUGUGUCAUUUGAAACUGCUGCUAAAUGCUGAUGGAACAAAGGUUGAUGGGAAAACUGUCCUUUAAGUUCCAUAAUGAACAUUUUGUAGGGAUGUUGAAACCAAAAUAAUUUUUUUUCUUUAGGAACAGAUCUUGUUUUCAUUCAUUGCUGUUAAAAGACUGUUUGCAGUCACCUUCUGACCUGUUGUUUAUGAUGACAUUUUCCAGCUCUUUAUACAUGUUAGAUGCUGUCCAUCGUGGAGCACUAUGUUUCUAUUUAACCACUUCCUGCUUUUGCAAGAAGAUAAUUUUUCUUUACUUCUUUUCCUUUGAUAACUAAUGUUUUGGUAGCUUUAACUGAAUAAUCUGUUUUCAAAUAUUUGUUGUAACUACAAGUGUGUUUAAAGACAUUAAAAGAAGUAAUGCAUUAUUUUUGUAAAACUUUGCCUAUAUGACAUUAUGACCGAUAUUAAUAACAAUUUUAAAUGGAUUAAAAGGUUGUUCUGCCUGUGAUCUGUCACAGAUGCUCGAUAGAUUUUACUUUAAUCUUUUUGCAUGUGUAGAGUUUAGUAUUAUUCACUUAUGAUUAAACAUGUUUCAUUUUUAAAUGAUUUAAAAGAUCACUCGUAUGUUAGUGCUUUUGUCAGCAUGUCUCAUUUCUGAAUAAAGAGGAGAAAGCAGCAUUCUGGAUAUGAACAUCUAAGCUGAUUGUAGCUCUACAUACUCUGAUAUUUGUUUUCUGCAUUAGAUGAAUGAUGUGAAGAUGAAAACAUUUGUAAUGGAGAUAAAUUGAAAGUGUGUAUGAGAGAGUUUACGUAUGUGGCAAUGUCCUUGCAAAUGUUUGUCAAAGGCAACAGUUUUCCAAUGUGUUUUUAUUUUAUAUAUAUACUGCAAAUGGUAAAUAAACUGAACUGAACAUAAAAACAGAUUUAUGUGAUUAAUUACU